AUGGCAAACAAAACAUCGUCGUCAAGAGUAGAAUGGGGUGUUGGUCUUGGACGCUCGCCGGAAACGGGCACCGUGGUGGAAAUACCACUGGCAGCAGCAACGGUACGAUGGGCCGUUUUGUUGUAUUUCUUUAACCGUUCCUCCUUUUUGGACUUGGGUGGAGAAGAUGUGGAUGAGGAGAGAGGGAGUUUGGAGAUGUCACCGGUGUCAACAACACUGGUGGCAGCAGAGGAGGUGAUGGAGGAAGGAGUCGAGCUUCUCUCGCUCGGACUCAGGGGAGAAUCUGGGGUCUGGGAAUCAUGA